GUUGCCUGGCAGCUCCACCUUCAACAUCCUUUGUCCAAUAUAAUCCUAAACUGAUCAACCUGAGGUGUCCCUUGAAAAUGCUUGUUUCUAAUCCUGUCCAUCCUGGUCACUCCCAACGAAAAUCUCAGCAUCUUCAGCUCUGCCUCCUGCAUCACUGUCUCAAAGCCACUCCCCCCUGCCUACAAUCUCUUCUUCCCCUCUCUUGUGCACUGUCCAUUGCUUUGGAUGGUUUAAACUCAUCCACUUUCUCUACUCUCUACUCCUUGCAUCUUCACCAUACCACCUGUCCCACUUUUAUUAAGUCUGACUUGCUCCGUCUAAGCUUCAUUCCUUUCCAGUAUUCAUCUCCACCUCUCACUCACUACAGAUGACAAUACAGUAUAAUCUGCAAACAACAUAGUCCUGUCUGACUUCAUCUGUCAGAAGAAUAUAAAAGACAUUUUGCAAACAUUUUGGCACCAUUGUUGUAUCUAGUUUUUAGGAUUUGGUUUAAUUUAAUUUAUUUUAUUUAUUCUAUUCUAUCCCCUCUUUAUUAUUAUGUAUUAUGUUUCUCUAAUUUCUGCUAGUUUAUUUUGUUGAUGUAAUUUUACAUUUAUUUGCAGAAAAGUGGUAAAUGUCAUUCAUUUAACGUUACUUCCUUACUUUCUUUCAACAACUAACACAGCAUUGGGGCUAGCAAUGGUCUGAAUGGAGGUAAACUGCAUUUAUUUCUCUUACAAUGUUAAACACGUCCUCAACAAGUGGUUAAAGCACUAUGUUUUUCCACAUCUUACUUUUAUUCUGUUUUUAAAUUUGUAUUACCUAAACCUUACACAAGUAAGAGAGUUUGACUCUAAUUUAUGCUAGUUUAUUUUGUUGAUCUUCUUUAAUUUUACAUAAUAACCUAUUAUUACCUCUAUGGACGUGUUUAACAUUAUUAAAAAAAAGUGUCUUUUAUAUUCUUCUUCUGUCAAGCGGCACAGAGCUGACCCCAGAUGUAGUCCCACCUUCAACUUGAAUCCACCCAUCACUCCAACUGCACACCUUACCACUGUCUCACUCAUACAGUACGUCUACAUCUAGAGUCACAAAGAUACAGUGCUAGUCAUCCAGACCUUCUCUACACUUCUCCAUGAACACUCUCAGAGCCAACAUCUCAUCUUUGGUGCUCUUUCUUGGCAUGAACCCAUACUGCUGCUCGCGGAGCGUCACUACUUUCCUUAAACAAGCUUCAGCAAGUUGUGUUGUAUUUUGUUAAACAAUCUGCUCCAAAUGUCCACUGCUGUCUCUCCAAGACAUGUCCAUAUUUCCACAGGUAUGACAUCUACCUUCUUCCCACUUGUCAUCCUCUUCAUAACUGCCCUCACUUCCUCCUUACUAACCCUCUGAGACAUUAUCUGUCCUCCCCUCUCUCUCGCUCCCAUUUUCCUCAUUCAUCAGGUCCUCAAAAUACAAAUUUUCUUAGCACACUCAUUACCAUCUCUGCACAUUCUUUCCAGCUCUGUCUCUGUGUCUUGCCAAUCCAUCCAAGUCCUCUCCUUCUUUAGUGACCAGCCUCUCAUAAACCUCACUAUAAGCCUUUUCCGUUGCCACCUCACACAGUUAGACUCCUGCCAACUUAAUCUGCCUUGCUGCCCCUCUUUCCACCAUUUUAUCGUUAGCUCCGCCUUGACAUGCUUCUUUUUCUCAGUUUCCAAUUCACUUGCUUCCUCUUCUUGGUUUCCUUCUUGGUUUUUCUUAGAUUGCAACUACUUUGAUGAAGGCCAUCAGCUUCACACAGCUCUCAGAGUUUCUCAGUAUGUUUGUGUGUUUAGAUCUUGUGUCACCUGCUCUGCAUAUUUGGAAGUGAUUUGUUUCGUGUCAGGAGAGAUGGAGCCUCAGCUGUCAAUCCAACCACCAUUCCAGCCAGAAGUUGGGAAGAGGCUGAAGCCUCCUCCUCUGUUACUGACUGACACUGAGCAACAAACACAGAUUGAGCGUGAGACACACCAGCACCAAGCAAAACCACUGUGGAUAAAACAUCGAAAGCUGCUUCUCCUCUUGCUGGGGUUCUCCUUGUGUGCUGCCUUCGUAGGAUGCAUUUACAUUAUCUCUCGGAAUCCUCAAAGCAAAAAUCCGACAGGCCCUGUGACAUGUGUUUCCCCAGCCUGUCAGCAGGCCUCGGCCCGUCUGUCCAUGUCCGCUGACCCCUUCACGAAGCCAUGCGACUACUUCUUGUUCACAUGUGGAUCUGACACCUUCACACCAGAGAGCAGGGGGAGACGAAUGGUGACGGACAUUCCCGGAUCUCCAUGGAACUGGGAUGGGACCACAGAGAGAGAAAACACAGAAGUGAGAGAGGAAAAAAUACUGGACAGGGAAAUGGAGCUGCUGCAGUAUCUGAGGGAGAUUCUGGAAUCCCGUGAUAUCAAUAAUAGUUCAGCUGUGCAGAAGACCAGAACAUUCUACCAUUCCUGUUUGGACACAAGCUCUAUAGAGACUGCUGGUGUGGCACCAUUCCUCAAGCUCAUCCAGAAACUGGGGGGUUGGGCAGUAUCAGGCCCGUGGAAUAGGACUGAUUUUAACUCCACACUGAGCACGCUGAUGAGAGAUUACGCUACCUUUCCAUUCUUCAACAUCCAUGUGGGGAAAGACCCAAAAGAGGCUGCCCGUGGAAAGACCAAGCAAUACAUACAGAUUGAUCAGCCGGACCUGUUGAUCCCGAUUGAAUGGAACAACAAGACGCAGAAGUCUCGUGCUAAAUCUGAGACACUGCGUCCCUUCUUAGCAUUGUGUCAGAGGUACCUGGCUUUACUGGGUGCUCCUCCCAGCAGCAGCAUUAUGCAUGUGGGCACAUUCAUGUCUCUGUCCUCUGAGCUCGCCGUGGCUGCUAUGCCUCUGCAGCAUCGUCUUUCUCAAGGCCAGCUGUAUCAGCGUAUGUCCAUCAGGGAGCUACAGGUCCAGGCGCCUGCCAUUGAUUGGUUGGGUUGUCUGCAGGCUGUUUUCCAACCACUGCCCCUAGAAGAAAAUGAUCACAUCCUUGUGCACAACCUACCUUACAUAGUGCACAUGUCCACCAUCAUUGGAAAAUGGCAGAACAAGCACGAGCUGAGCAACACUGGUCCCCUUCAAACCUAUAUGGUCCUGAAUCUGCUGAACACCCUGAUGCCUGCCUUGGACUCCAGAUUCUCUGAAACUGCAGCAACUUUAUCCGAGGUUGUGGAUAAAAGUGAUGGGGUAGCUCCUCGCUGGAAACGCUGUGUGUUGGAGACAGAGAGAGGGUUUGACUCAGUCCUUACACACCUUCUCAGUGAGAGGACAUCACACAAAGAGGCUGAGGAAAUUAUUCAUAAUAUCAUGUCCACCUUCAAGUCUCAAUUACACAAACUUAAGUGGACGAAUCAGACGUCUCUCCAGACUGUUAUGAAAAAGGUUCAGUCUUUAAUUCCAAGGACCACGCGUGAGAUCUCUAGUGAAGCUGAGCUUGAUCUGCUUUUUUCUACGGUGUCAGUGAGCUCUCACAGCUUCUUCUCCAACUACGUCCAGCUGCUGUCCUUGUGGCAAAAGAGACGCAGAAAACUCUUGAGUGAGCAAACCACGCCGGUUAAUAGUCUGUCUGUCACUCCCCUUCUCCUGGGUAACGAGCUCCUCUUUCCCAUGGGAAUGUUUAUCCCACCUGUCUUCCAUCCAACCUAUCCCAGGGCGAUGAACUAUGGUGUAGUGGGUUUCCUUAUCGCCAAAGAUAUUCUCCACUUGCUUUUGCCCGACAUUCACUCUCAGAGUGAGACGGUGCAUGCUGUGGGGGAAUGCGUGUGGACUCACUAUCUCACAGUGACAGAAAAUGUGACAAGAGGUGGAGUGUUGUCUCUCUCUGUAGCGGAGCGGCAGGAGGUGUGGGUGCAGUAUUCUGCACUGCAGAUAGCACUGCAGGCUUAUCACCAGAGUCUACAGACACGUCCGAGGGACACGUUCAUCUUGGGUUUCUCACACACUCACCUGUUCCUCUCUUCUUUUUCUCAGGUUAAUUGUGACAUUGACCUCUACCAUGAGUUCAUGCCCUUGGAGCCCUCCUUCUUGGUCACAGUCAUUUGUGCCACACCUCACCUGUGUCCUACAAGCCUCUGGUGUCCCAGUAAAACCCAGCAACCUUUCCUACAAACAUGCUGAAGACACUUUGUUUUUUUUAAAGUUAGAAUUGUCUGACAAAAUACUGACAUCCAUGUGUUGCUGUAUAAAUAAGCCAAGCUCACAGUGGAUGUUGGUGAACUGUUGAAAGGAUGAAUGUUUAUCUACUGGUUGUACAAACCCAGAACCACUGGCAUUCUUCUGUAUAAGCCUUGAUUGUUUUAAAGAUGUGUUAGCAUGUUUUGUCCUUUGCACAAGCUGUUUAGUAUUCAUGUAAAUAAUGAUUGAAAAGGACUUUUGAGAUUUCUGUACAGAAUUGCAUCAGUGUGUAAGGAACAGAUUACUGUUGUGUCUGCUUGUGAAACCAGUAAAUCAAAUGUAUUUGUAA